AAAUCACGAAGGCAAGAAAGUCCUCCCUAAAUUAAUUCAUUGCCUUAUCUAGCUUCUCUUCCUUUGAAGAAUAAACGUUGGAGGAUGAAGAAUCGAUCCCCUCAGAAUCACAAUAAUGAGUUUGAAGAGGUGAGCAGUAGAAAAUGGGAGGUCAUUAACUUGUCCGAACAAGAAGAAGAGCUGGUUUAUAGGAAGCGUCGCCGCUCACGGCGGCGACGGCGACGGCGGCUGGGAAUUUUGACGGUGAUGAUGACAAACAGAACCUAUCCCAACGAGUUUCUGGAGAUGUUGUUAACGAGAAAAGUGGAGAUGGAAGGUCGGUAAGGAUGAUUCACGUAUGAGGUCGAUAAGGAUGAUUUAGCAUACAACGUGGCGAAUAGUUGUAAACGAUUAUGUUUUUCUUUUUUUUCGAUUAUGUUAGGUUUAUUGUUUUUACGAAACCGGAACUUGUAAUUAUAUGUUUUUUUUGUUUGGUUUGGAAAAUAUUAUGGAACUUGUAAUUUGUUAAAUAUAAAAUAGUUUACAGGUAUUGUUUAUAU